UAAUUUACAAAUAGUGUUAUUUGCUAGACGUAGACUAAGAUCGGGGUACUAAACUUUAAAAAGUAGUUUAAAUAUUAAAAGGUUUUGUAGGUAGGCAUAUUAUUUUGCUGAAGAUUUAGAAAGUAUUUCAUGUUUCAGUAAACAUAACAUGAAUCCACUAACCAAUGUGAAAAAUAUUACCAAGCUGAAUGAGAAAGAACUCUCUCUUGGAUUAAACAGCAGAACUUCAUGGCAUAAUUUGUACAAAAAUAGUGCUUGGGUUUUUAUUGGUGGACUACCAUAUGAUCUUACAGAAGGAGAUAUUGUUUGUGUUUUCUCUCAGUAUGGUGAAGUUGUAAACCUUAAUCUAAUUCGGGAUAAGAAAUCUGGCAAGUCCAAAGGGUUUUGUUUUUUAUGUUACGAAGACCAGAGGAGCACUGUUUUAGCUGUGGACAAUUUCAAUGGUAUUAAGUUAUGUGGAAGAACUGUUCGUGUUGAUCAUGUAGAAAACUAUAAAAUUCCGAAAGAACAUGAGGAUGAUGAUGCCUUGACAAAAACUAUACACUUGGAGGGAUGUGCUCCAAAGUCUCCUGAACACCACUUGGAUGAGAAAAAUAUUCCAAAAUUAAAGAAAGAAAAGAAAAAGAAGAAAGAACGAGUGAAGAAGUCUAGUGAUACAGGUGCUUCCUCUUCUGAUGUUUCAGCUAAAGAGAUUAAACCACUUGUUAAGGUAAAGGAAGAGAAGGCUGAUUCGAGUUACAAUCGGUACCUUAGUAAGGAUCUAACAUCUACUAACUGUUUUCGUAAUUCUUCUCAGAAACAGAAACUUCAGAAUCAAUUUGAAGAUUCUGUCCAAAGCAUAAAUAUUCAAGUAAAAUUGAAAUUACCUAGUGCAAGGGGUCUAGAUGUUGACCCUGAUCACAGUUCCAAGUUCAGACACAGAAGUAGAAGUCCACUACCAGUCCCACAAAACUCACUCAGAAGUUCAGUAUCAAGUAAAGAUAGACAUAAAAGUCCUUCAUCUGAAAGAAGAUAUUUCACAAAGACUGGAACUUUCUUGUCCAAAUCAAAGAAUGGUAGAGAAAAAUUGGAAGAAAAAAGUCUGCCAAAACGCAGAUCGUGGAAUAAAGAAAGGUAUCACAAAUCACAUGAUCAGCAAAAGAUAGAUACUAGUAUGGACAAAAAUUAUAUUUCCAGAUCACACAAGGGGAAUAGGAAGGUAAAUGAGCACAACUGGAGAGAAGAGUAUAUUGUAGAAAAAAGACCGAGAGAAAAUGAUCUAUAUGAAAAAGAAAGGUCAAGUGACCGAGACUUUAAAAGGUCAAAAAGAAAAGAACACAGAUCUUGGUUAUCUCCGUUAUCAUACAGGUUUGAUGAACACCAGGAAGGAAGAAGAGCCUAUGAAAUAAGUUAUACAGAGAAUGAUAAAAGAAGAUAUAAAGAACAUCAGUAUGAUCAAGACAAUGGAGACAGCAGGUUUUCAGAGCACAUGUAUGACACAGAAGACUUUACAGACAGAAGACGAGAUUGGGAAAUAGGCAAAAGUUACACAGAGAGAGAAAAAGAGCUAGAAUGGCUUAGAAAACGUGAAAUAGAGAUAGAAAGAGAAAGAGCCAGAGAAAGCUAUGAGUUUCAGGAAGAAUUUAAUAGGGACUUUGAAUGUGAUAGAAGGUAUUAUGAUAAUUUUAGUGAUGUGCCUAGGGAUAGGUUUAAUGAUAGAACUGACGUCCGAUUUAAACAAAGAAGUAGAAAAUGGAACGAGAAGAAUAUCAAAAGGCAAUCUAGAACAUCACAAAGAUAACAGCCAUAACUCAUUCUAUACAUCAGGUGGUUUUUAUUUUUUUGUAUCGUACAUAUUUCUGUUUCCUCCACUGGAAUUGUUGAAUUUUGGAAAAUCUUAAAUUUAUAAUAAAGCAAGCUAUUCUAAAUGUAAAGAAAUCUACCUUUCUAUAUGUUUUCUCUUGAAUUCUUAUUUUAUGUGUUUGCUCAGUUGUACCAUAUAAUUUAGUGAAUCCCAUGUUUCUUUCUUCAAAAUUUAAACUCGCCAGUUACCAUCCAUACUGACCAGUUAUUAGUUUAAAUGUCAUUAACAGAAGUCUGUCAUGGCUGUUAUUUUCAAGUGAUAAUUCUGGAGUAUGCCUUAACCAGUAGUUACAUAUCCUGGAAGCUUGUCCCAUAAAUAAAUGAUGGUGCCCCGAUACUUUGGUUGUAAUAUCAACGGAAUGAAACUCCACCUAAACUCAAACUACUAUUCGAUGGAUGCCAUUUUGUCUUGUCAAAGAUUAACUAGCUAUUCCUACAAUUUCUUUACUCAGUAUCUCAAGUGUGUAACUUGGCUGAUGGUGUGUGUGUUAAAGGUACAUUAAUGUGUCAUUACACCCUCUUUCAGGAUCUUUAUGCAACCUUAAGCCUCAAACCAUAAAUAAGAAACACAUCAGUAUAUAAUUAUUUUAUAGUGUGUAACAUGCUAUUAGAUAACUUGUAUACUAUUAUGUGAUACAAAUUGAAUUGAUAUUUAAUUUUUUUAUGACAAACGUAAACAAAAAUUAGAUGUAAUUGCACAGGGUCCUCGAGAGUGUUCCGUUUCAAAAGUAAAUAAAACCAACAUUAAGAGUAACAAA